GGGGGGGGAGAGGCAAGCGAGUGGACGAGUUCAUUCUUAGAUCCCUUGAGGGGGCGGCUCCUACGCACCUGGCAAGAGGGGACGCUCCUAUUUUCUACUGUUGUAGGGGACAGAAAAGAUGGCAAAACGUGAAAAUUAGAGGAACAGUUCUUUGGAGACACUCUAAGGCGGAACCAGAGCCUUAGGGAAUCUCUCUGUUCGUGGGUUUCACUCAAAACACCAGGGUGUUUGUUUUUGUUUUAUGCCAUAAAAUCUAACCUACAUAUCUGUAAGUUUAAAACACCAGAAUACCUACAAGGUGCAGAAAAAGAAAGGAAAUUGGAGAUGUCUGCAGGACUCAGGUCCAUCUUGGCACUUCUUCUGCAGAUCAACUUGCAGAUCUGUCGCCUCUGCUGCUUUUGUAAACAUAGAGGCCGACCUACACCUUCAAUUGGGUGUGUCUGGCCUCUGAAACAGAUCCACAGCCAAGGCCACCUAGGGUUGCGCCCCUACACAUCCCUGCUCUAAAUUAAUCUCAAAUUUUAAUGUCUUCUCACAUCUCCCUGUUCUCAGGGACCUGGUGGAGGUCUCACUCUCUCCUACACAUUUUGAUCAUUUUCUUGUAGCCCACCUCCAAGUUGGACCUUCCCUACUAUUCAUUGCUUCUGGAUAGAUUAAUAAUGGAGUCAGAGAUGAGUGUUAUUUAUUGUGUUUAUGUUCUGCUGAAUCUACUUUCCUGGAACCAAGCCUGGCAUAGUGGCUGCUCAACAAAUACAAUACUUGCUGAAUGAAUUUUGCAUGAAUGUGUCGGAUCCUCGCCUUAUCCUUGUUUUGGGGAGACAGAUAACAAACAUGGAGCUAUGAGAAGUCAAAGUUGAGACUGAGGGAAGUACAAGGGACUUCUGGAGGAGGAAGAGAAGCAUUCUGAGUGCCAGGUUUUUUUUUUUGUUUGUUUGUUUUUGUUUGUUUUUUUAAAGAAGCAGUAUCUGAGCAGAAUUUGAGAUAUAAUGAAGACUGGGCAAACGGAAAGAAAAGAAAUUUGGUUAUACUAUUACUUAUGCAUGGGAAAUAUCUUGGCAUUGUUUGAUUUUAAAGUCUGAGGAAACAAGUAUAGACAGAUAACCUGGAAAGGUGGGGGACGGGGUAGUUCCUGAAGCAAAGCUGAGUGAGAAACAAAGCUUCCAAGCAUUCAUUCAUUUAUUCAGUAGGCACUGUUUCAAGUUUGAUGUAUUGGUUCUUUCCAACCUUCUAGCAACCAUUUGAGGGAGGCUCUGAGCAAUUUCAAAAAUUUCCAAGGUCAAAUAUACUUGUUUGGGUGUUUGACCUAGAUAAUUAAGCUUCAGAGACUGUGAAUGACAACACCACAGUAAGAUUCUCCAAGGAUCAGGUCUGUGUCAGGAAACUGGGAAGACAAAGCUCUUCUCCUCGCCCGCUCAUCUUGACUUCUAGACAGCCCGCCAAUAGCUGUCUAGACCAAUCAGCAGUCAGGAAUGGGGCGGGCCUAGGAUAAUCUCACAGCUAAUUGGUGGGCAGGAGAUGUCGAGGCCAAGUAAGGCUGGAAGGGCGGGGCUAUAACUGGCACUUUGGGAGCCUCGUGCCUCUAUAGGGCGCCUGAAAGUCAAAGGGCGUGGCAGGGACACACGCAUGCGUGUAGUGUGCCUGAGGCCCGAAGAGCGCGGGGCGGCUUCGAGGCUCGGGUAUGAAAGAAGCCAUUGCUCUCCACAGCCACGUGGAGUGAGUUGGGGGCAGGUUCGUUGGUACAGAAGAGGGACAUUAUGGACUCCCGGCGGCCAGCACCUCAGCCUUUCCAGCAACCUGAGAAACCUGGCCGUGUCCGCCGACGGAAGACCAGGAGGGAGAGAAAUGCCCUUGUGGGCAGCCGCCGGGGGAGCCGUCAGGAUCUUAUGGCUCCCUGGAAUCCCGUGGCCCCCCGGGAUCCUGUGGCCCCUUCUGCCUCCAAGCUUGUGGUCAUAACUCAGGGCCGGCUGAGCCGGGAGCACCGGGGUCUCUUCAACCAUGAGGUGAAAUCUCUGGAUGUGGCCCGAUUGCUUAGCAGUGGGUCCCUGGAAUCAGGAACUCUCUUUCUCCAAACCAAACCCUCCCCAAACCCAGGCAGAGUCCAAGAACCAGAACAGUCAAAGGGCAAGGAGAAUCAGGUGCCUGGAGACUUGGGUCCAGGCCCCCCACAUUCCCCAGAGCUCCCUUGCUUGGGGAAACUGCUGGGUGAGCUGCAGUGCCAGCUGAUUCUGCCACAGGCCUUCCCCAGGAGGAACCUGGUACAGGAGGCCAGGGAUAUCAUCGUGGGAAACUUACAGGCCUGCCAUGGCUGUGUACCUGACCUUUCCCUGGUGCUCCGAGGCUGCCACCCACCCUUGCCAGGGACCAAGCCUGGAAUCUCUGAGAAACAAAGGAUGACACCCUCCUGGAUCAACAGCCCUGAGCAAGCCCCAAGGGAAGAGAGGCAAAGGAGACUUCGGGGAACAAAGGAGCUCACCUUUUCCAUGCCUCAUACCUCCAGCCCUCCCGUUACACACAGGGUGAGCCUGGUGCCACCAGGAGGUCCCUGGCCACCCACUUUGCCCUCCUUGCCUUCACCAUCUGGGGCAGCCUGGGGCCCUCCAACAGCUUUUGACCUACUGAAAAGCAUCUGGCUAGUAGCCACACCACCCCUUCCCAGACCCUGGGCUGUCGGCCCACCUCAGCCUCUGCCUCAGCCACUAUCACCCUUGUUGCCCAGAACCUCUGCUCUGGACUGGAGCCCCAGCCCCCUUGCCCCACUGCCCAGCCUCUCCUGGGUGGUAGCUCAGAGCAGUCCGGAAGCCUGGUCCUUUCCACCCAUGAGACUGUACUGAGAGUGCUGAGGCCAGGAUUGGGGCAGUUACCUGCACUCAUUCACCUCAAUAAAGUAACUUCUUCAUGGUC